UUCCUUUACUUUUCUCUUAUCAUGACUUCUAUAACGAAUAGUAACACACAAUUCUACCGAUGGAAUUGUUCCGUUUAGUUCGGUUUUUAAAACACUGAUUAAGGCAAAGGAGAAUCUCACCAAGUUUUGAUAAUAUCUUAGCCUAAAAAGAGGAAAGAAAAAAAACCAUUUAAGCAUGUGAAAACCAAAGUUAGGCAACAAUAUCUGCCUCAUAUAACUGUUCAAGUAAUUUCCACAUCUUAAAGGUUUAAAAGCCUUAAAGAAAGGUUUAUAAUUAUAAGUUCUUGUUGAAGGUGGUUCUUUUUUUAAGAUAUUAGGCUCAAUUCAAUUAAACUUGUUUCAAUCUAGAAGAAUUAUUUGAGAGCAAUAAGAUGUGGCAAAGAAGCCACAAGUGUUCUUUAGAGGAGGAGAAGAAAUUGGAGCUUAGACUUGGUCCACCUGGUGAAGAAGAUUCAUACAAUGAAAAAAGCAUGAAAAAUGUCAAAAAAGAAAGAGAUGAAUCACAACCCUCUUGCACAAAUUUGACCAACAAGUCUCAAAAAAGAAAUGCAACUAGUCCAGUAGUGGGUUGGCCUCCGAUUCGUUCCUGCAGGAAGAACAUUGCAAGCGGAAGUUCUUCUAAGCCGCUGACCGAGUCACAGCACGUUGGUCAAGAGAAGGUUGCUACUAGUAACAAACCUAUUAGCAACUCUGGAAAAGACUUGUUUGUGAAGAUCAAUAUGGAUGGAGUUCCCAUUGGGAGAAAAGUAGACAUCAAUGCUUAUGAUAGCUAUGAAAAACUUUCAUCUGCUGUUGAUGACCUAUUUAGAGGUCUCCUCGAAGCAGAGAUAAAUUUAUCUGAUAACAACAAGCAAGAAGAAGAUAAAGGCAUCAUGAUGAAAGGUUCAUUGAUUGGAAGUGGAGAAUAUACUCUUGUUUAUGAAGAUAAUGAAGGAGACAAGAUGCUUGUAGGGGACGUGCCGUGGCACAUGUUUGUAUCAACCGUGAAGAGGGUUCGAGUGUCCAAGAGUUCUGACCUUCCUGCUUUUAACCCAGGUAGUAAGAAAGACUAGAUUUGAUGCACCACUUGACUCAUAAAUGCAAAUGAAGGAUGAGGCUGUUUGAGGUCUUUUUCAUUCAAACCGGAAGAGUAGACAUUUUGGGUCCUUUUUAUGUUGAAGUAGAUUAGGGAAUACUAAUUUUAACUUCCAAAUAAUGUGUAUCAAUGUAACCAUUUUGUUAAUGAAUAUUUAAGUUGGUUAAUGUUCUAUUAACAUACUAACAAUGAAUGAGUUCAAGUUGUAAGAGACUUAGACCUACAAUCGGUCAGAAAUUUAAUCACUGGUUUACGAUGAAAACUUCGGCCAAAGGAGUUUAACUUUGGCUAAUACACAACACAAGGCUGAAUAAAAAUGCAUUUUACACCGUGAA